AUGGUGCACCAGGAGAAGUGUGUUUACCAGGCACAGAGGAAUGAGAGGGAGUCCAUCAGACAGAAGCUAGCCCUUGGCAGUUUCUAUGACGACGGACCUCUUAUCUACACAGGCUGCAGCAAGAGUGGCAAAGGCUGUCUUACAUCCCAACUCCAGAAUGGGGUGAAUCUGCAGAUGUGCUUUGUAAAUGACAGUAGCAGUGACAAGGACAGUGAUGCAGAGGACAGCAGAACAGAGACCAGCCUGGACACGCCGCUGUCUCCCAUGAGUAAACAGAGCUCGUCUCUGUCAGACCGGGACACUGGGGAGGAGGACUCAGACCCGCUGGAAGACUCGGAGUUCUGGCGGCUGCAGAGGAGGCUGCAGGAGGAGGCCCGCAUUGCGCUGGCGUUGGCCCGGCCCAUGGCCCGUAUGCAAGUGGAGGUGGAGAGACAGAUUCAACUCCACCGCAGGUCCCCCGUGGCCGACCUGUUGCCCCAUCUGCCUCAUAUCAGUGAGUGUCUGAUGAAGCGGAGCCUGAGACCAGUGGACAUGAGAGACAUGAGUCUGGGUCAACUCCAGGUCAUCACCAACAGCCUCCACUCACAGAUACAGAGUUUGAAUGAAGAGCUGGUCCAGCUGUUGCUCCUCAGAGAUGAGCUUCACAUGGAGCAGGAUGCUAUGCUGGUGGAUGUGGAGGACCUGACCAGGCAUGCUCAUAGCCAACAGAGGCACAUGUCCGAGAAAACUAUUUCCAAAUAG